AUGCUCUGCCUAACCGCUGUUCUCACCCUUGCUCUCCUCCCCUUCUCUCUUGCCCAAGUCUCUGAUGACUUCGAAGCUGGAUGGGACCAAGCAGCAUGGCCUACCUACGCGGCCGACUGUAACCAAGGCGGCAAAGUCACCCUUGACAGCUCUACCGCCCACAGCGGCAAGAACUCCAUAAGGGUCGAUGGUGCAGGUGGCUACUGUGGACACAUGUUCUUUGGCACGACGAAGGUCCCUAGCGGCGAUGUUUACGUCAGGGCUUAUGUCAAAGCCUCCAAGGCCCUCACCGAUUCCCACGUCUCUUUUAUCACGAUGCCUGACUCUGCCCAAGGCAGUAACAAGCAUCUCCGAAUUGGUGGCCAGAGCAAAAUUCUAAUGUACAACCGCGAGUCCGACGAUGCCACCCUCCCCGACCUCUCCCCCCAAGGUAUUGCCACCUCCACCGCCCUUCCCACUGGCAGCUGGCAAUGUUUCGAAUACCACUUAGGCACCGACGGCACUGUUGAGACUUGGUUAAAUGGCAACGUUAUUGCUGGUCUUACUAGCAAAGCGGGUGUUCCCAAUAGCAACGCCGCCCAGUGGCAGAGGAGCAGCAUCAAGCCUAAAGUCACCGGUGUCUACUUCGGUUGGGAGUCGUACGGUGGCGAUGCUAAUACCUUCUGGUACGACGACAUCUCCAUUAGCUCGACCCGUGUCGGAUGCACUUAA